GACAACAUAGUCAGAUAAUUCAACGGCGACAUGCUCAAAAUUAUAAAUUCCUCGCUUCUUUUGAACUCUUGAUGCUUCAAAUGGGCUGAUAUCUAUCAUCCUACGUGAUGAAUUUCGAGGGUAUAUGAACUCCGCCUCUACCUCAGGAUGUCUACCUUACAUUUCUCAUUCUAUCUACCCUCAACUAUCGCAAAUCGGUCAAAGGAAUACAAAUAGCAUAGAGAUAAUACCAUGGCUUCGAGGGCAAGACUACAUAUUGAUCGAAAAGAACUUUACACGGAUCUAGAAGCACGAAUUCAUUAUUUACACUCAUUUCUCGACUUUAGUUCACGUGAGUCUCGACCUCCAAAUCCCCCUAAUUACAUACUGAAAUAACUCGAAAUAGGAGACAUAGAAGCCCUUACAUAUGGUUCAAAAUAUAUCAAACAACUCAUACCAGCCGUCGUGAAUAUCGUAUACAGAAAACUUCUCCAAUAUGAUAUCACAUCACGUGCUUUUACAACUCGGAGCACUAGUUACGAGGGUCCAUUAGAUGAGAUGCCGGAAGAGGAUAGUCCUCAGAUCUUACAUCGAAAGAUGGUUUGUUUUGUCUAUACUAUGACACUAAAUUAAGCUAACAACUCCUAGUUCCUAAGAGGUUAUCUCCAUAAACUCUGUUCAGAUCCAAGCCAAAUGGAAUUCUGGGAAUAUCUCGAUAAAGUCGGAAUGAUGCACGUAGGACGUGGUCGUAAACAUCCUUUACAUGUCGAAUACGUUCAUAUAGGAGUUUGUCUUGCAUUUGUUCAAGAUAUAAUUUUCGAAGCAGUUCUCUCGCAUCCAAAACUUAGGAUGGAGAAAAAGAUUGCGAUUGUGAAAGCGAUUGGGAAGGUACUUUGGAUUCAAAAUGAUCUAUUUGCGAAAUGGUAUGUGAGGGAUGGCGAUGAAUUCGCCCAAGAGAUGGAGGAGGUUAUGGUUGAGAGGGAGGGUUGGUUAAAAGGGAAACAGGUUAUUGAUGGAGAGGAGAAUUCUAAGGAAGAUGAUGAGAGGAAUGGUGAAAAGACAUCUAUGGAUGAAAAAAAGGAAGCUCCAACAUCUUGUCCAUUUUCUGGACUUCAGGCUGGGAAGGAAUGAUAUUAUGCUCAAUAGGGUUUUGCUUGCCACUUGGGAAAAUACACUCUUCUUUCCGGUUAGAACACCAAUGAAUCUUAAUUUUCGAGAUAAGCUAGAAUAUCAGAGCCCAGUAUCUAGUUUUAACAGCGCAUUG